CUCUCUCUCUCUCUCUCUCUCUCUCGCGCCGCCUGCUGCUUGCUCGUGCCAAGCCCAGGUGAUUAUCCAUCCGCCCCCCGUUAUCCGUUACCCCCCCCCCUCUCCCCUCCUCUCCUCCCUCUCCUCCUCCUCCUCUUCUCCUCCGUACCGACAGACCGACAAAUCCCUCCCGGUGCUCCUGUCUUCCCCCCCUCCUUCUCUCUCUCUCUCUCUCUCUCUCUCUCCGUCUCCUUCCCCGCCAGCCAUGAUCCGUGGCGGGCUAAUUCCCAGACGGUCUUUCUCUUCUUCUUCAUCCUCCUCUUUUCCUCCUCCUCCUCUUCCUCCUUGUGGGCCCGAGCCGAACGUGUCGACCACGCAGGACCGGCUGUGAGCGAGCGUGUGUGUGUGCGUGUGUGUGUGUGUGUGUGUGCGUGUGAGAGGUCAUGUCCGGCAUGACAAGCGGUGUGUGUGUGGAGAGCGACCUCUCCACGAUGCUCCAGAGAAGCUCCGCCCCCUCCCACCAUCACCCCAACCACCAUGGUUACGGCGGGCAGGGACAGAUGUCGAGCCUGGCGCCGAUGCUGGACUACGGCUCGGAGAUGGACCGGUACCGCUCGUCCAUCGCCAGCUUCUACAAGACCAACGUCAACAUGAACGUGAACGUCACGAACUUCCCCCAGUCCUCCAAGCUGGCGGCGCGCCUGGCGGCCGCAGGGCCCAUCUUUCCCCCUGCCGCGGCCGCCAGGCUGGGCGCCAUGGCGACGGCACCCUGGGGUUGCCACGACAACAUGAACCACCACCCGGCGGCCGUGUUCUGGGGGCGGCCCAAACCCGCCCCGACGCACCCGCACCACCCGCACCCUCACCCUCACCCUCACCACGCCGCCGGACACAUGGCGCCGUCGCACCACGGUACCAGCAUGGGGGAGGGGCGGAGAAACUGGCACACAGCGCCUCCUCUCUUCCUGCCGCACACCAUCAACCCAACGGGAACUUCCUGCAGACGUACGGAGGGCGGGGCGGCGGACUGCGGCGGUGUGAGCAAACAGGGACACGCCCACACGGAUAUGAUGGGCCUAUCAGAGGCCGGCAGCUGCAACGGGGGAGGGGUGAUGAGCGGCAGCUUCCUGGGGGGACUGGGAUUACCCCCCGGGGUCAUCGUCAUGGCGAUGGGGUCGGCCGACGCGGGCAGCGCCUUCCAGAUGACGGGUGGCGGCGGACAGCGGUCGCUCACGGACUGCCAGCAGCACGCGAACUCCUCGCCAUGCCCGUCCGCCUCCUCGCCCUCGUCGUCGGGGGUGACGGCCGGGGGGGGCGUGGCCCUGUCGUCCACGGCGGCGGCGGCAGCCUCGUCGGCGGGUGGCGUGGCCAAGCGGAAGAGGAAGCGGUGCGGCGUGUGCGGGCCGUGCAGGCGGCUCAUCAACUGCGGCGUGUGCUCGUCGUGCCGCAACAGGAAGACGGGUCACCAGAUCUGCAAGUUCAGGAAGUGUGAAGAGCUGAAGAAGAAGCCGGGGGGAGGAGGGGGGGUGCUGGAGCGGCCGCCCUCCGUCCCGACCGGCGAGGCGUUUCGUUGGUUCUUCUAGCCCCUCCCCCUUCGGGCCAAUAGGAAGUCUCCGUCACAUCACGUGCUGACGAUUAACCCAGCUUCUCAAAACACACAUCUGGACUACAACGUGUGGAUUUUUAAACCCAGAUGUUUUUUGCAGCAGGAUUACACGCUUUCAUACACACUGUGUGGACGGCUCUAUUCAAAAGACUACAAAUCCCACCUCAACUGGAACAGGGGAGCAAGCUGGUA